UAUGUUUGCGGAAAAAUAUAUAUUUUGACAUUUAUUUAUUCUACAUUAAUUUCUCCCAAAUUUGAAUAUUUAUACAUGUUAUUAUUAUUUAUCAAAUAAUUUGAAUAUAUUUUUUAAAUUUUUAACAAAAAUUUAAUAAAUCAGAUUGACAAGUGUUGUACACACACUUAUAGGACUAAUACAUUGAAACCAUAUGGUAGUGUGUGACAAGAUGGCACGUCAGCAGCAGACGGAUGUCGACGAAUUAUUUGAUGUAAAAAAUCAAUUUUACAUUGGAAAUUAUCAACAAUGCAUCAACGAAGCUCAAAAAGUAAAGCCAUCUUCACCAGAAGUUGCACUUGAUCGAGAUGUAUUUUUAUACAGAGCCUAUAUAGCACAGCGUAAAUUUCGAGUUGUUUUAGAUGAGAUAAACAAUUCAUCACCACCUGAUUUGCAACCAUUAAAAAUGCUCGCUGAAUAUUUUGCAUUUCCAAAUCGUCGUGAAACAAUUUUACAUGAAUUAGAUCAAGCAGCUAGUAAAGCAAAUGCGGAUAAUCAUAAUUUUAUGAUUGUUGCAGCAACAAUAUAUUAUCAUGAAAAAAAUUUAGAAUCAGCACUUCGUGUUCUUCGAAAUUCCGAUCAUUUAGAAUGUCUUGCAUUGACAUUGCAAAUUUAUUUGAAAAUGGAUCGUUUAGAUUUAUCACGAAAGGAAUUAAAAACAAUGCAAGAAAAAGAUGAUGACGCGACAUUAACUCAACUUGCUCAAGCAUGGGUUAACAUUAGCAGCGGUGGUGAUAAAUUAUUAGAUGCCUAUUAUAUUUUUCAGGAAAUGAUUGAUAAACACUCGAGUACAAGUAUGUUAUUAAAUGGCCAAGCAACAUGUUUCAUUGGACAAGCAAAAUAUGACGAAGCCGAAGCCGCAUUACAAGAAUCAUUAGAUAAAGACAGCAAUAAUCCAGAUACGUUAAUUAAUAUGAUUGUACUUUCUCAACAUAUGGGAAAACCACCAGAGGUUGCAAAUCGUUAUCUCAGUCAAUUGAAAGAUUCACAUUUAGAGCAUCCUUUUGUAAAAGAAUAUUUACAAAAAGAAGCUGAAUUUCAAUUGCUUGUAACACAGUAUUCUACUUCGGCUUGAAUUUUUUUAAAAAUAUUUAUACAUUCCAGGAAAUAAAAUUGAAGUCUCGUUAUAGAUUCAAAUAUCAAACGCCGUUAUAGUUUGUGCGGGAUAACGAAAGAAACGGGUAUUUUUAAUCAAAAAAAAAAAAAAAGAAAAAAUACUCUUAGAUAGAGGAAAUGUACAUUUUUCUGCUUCUGCAAAAAAAAACCAUUUUUCAAGAAAAAGUACUUCGUAUUCCAUCCUUUAUGAGCGCCCUCGAAAAUUCAUAAAAAAAAAUAAGUGGAAAAGAGACUGAAGUGUAUUUAAUAAAAUUAUUAAAAUUGUAA